AUGCACUCAGCACACUUCGCCCAACCCUUUCAAGCAGCCGUAGCAGCAGCCAUGGCUUUAUCGAAUACAUCAUCAGCAUCGUCAACAUGUGAAAGUCAUGUUUUAACACCAGUUCAUCAUACAGGAACAAAAAGUGAAUGGAUGGAAGCUAUUGAACAACAACAUUUAGAACGAUCGUCGCUGAAUCGAUUGAUUAUUAAUUAUCUUAUUACAGAAGGAUUUAAAGAAGCAGCUGAAAUAUUUGCACAGGAAGCUGGUAUAACAUUGAACAAUGUCGAUUUAACAUCAGUUGAUGAACGUUUAAAAAUUCGUGAAGCUAUUGAAAAUGGAAAAAUUCAAGAUGCUAUUUGUUUAAUAAAUAAAAAAGCACCUGAAUUACUUGAUCAAAAUAAACAAUUAGCAUUUCAUUUAAAGCAACAACAUUUAAUUGAAUUGAUUCGUUUAAAUUUAAUCGAUGAAGCUUUGACAUAUGCACAAACUCAUUUAGCUGAAUUUGCCGAAGAUGAAAUUAAAAUGCGACAAGAAUUAGAAAAAACGAUGGCAUUAUUAGUCUUUGACAAACCACUGGAGUCUCCAUACGGCUACUUAAUGGAAACGUCACACCGGCAAAUUAUUGCUAAUCAAAUCAAUAAUGCUUUACUUGUUCAUCAAAAUCAACAAUCGGAAUCCGAUUUAUCAAUGCUUGUGAAAAUGGUUAAUUAUAUUGAAGAUAAAUUAGAUAAGAAAUCAUUACGUUAUCCGAAGUUAAUUGAUAUACCAACAGGAAAAUUAGAAGACUCCUAA